ACUACCACAUCCUUUGCUCAUCUCAAGAAGCGUUGGCCUAUUGGUGACAGGAUAUAGACAUCUGCAGAGUGUGGGGUUUUACCGUUGUUGGCAAACGCUCUGACGCCCUUUCGCCUCCAGUCUAGCCUCAUUGCAGCAACAGUAACCACUCGUCAGCAUGUGUUGACAACAACCAUUCCAUGAUACUCUACCCGCAUACCAAUGUAGACUUGCAGACCUUUUAUUUACAUCCCCAAACUCUCGCCUUCAUUUGAUUGAAGUUGUUUUCCCGAAAAGUUCACCGCCUAAAAGUUGGCAUCCUACAACUGUCAAGAGUUAUUAGUACUGUAAGAGGAAGAAGACAUAUCAGCGGCCUGUCAAUACAUUCCGUUGUCUACGACAGCCUAUACAUAGUCUUGUACUUGGUCAGAAGAUCGAUCCAUCUGCCCAUCAUGACUUCCAGCUACUGGGAGUCGACUCAACGAAAGUUCUGGACAUUCACAAAGCAACAACUGGCCCUGGAGCGCCAGAAAAUGGAGGAAUCAGAGCGGAACCUGGUCAACAUCUAUCCUUUACCGGACCGACGACAUCUGAGCAUAUAUUUUUACCACCAACUUUCCAAAAUGGCGAGACCUCUAGGCAUCCGACAACAAGCUCUGGCAACAGCCCAGGUAUACGUGCGACGAUUCUAUACAAAAGUCGAGAUUCGACGUACAAACCCAGCUCUCGUCCUAGCAACCGCCCUCUACCUUGCCUGUAAAAUGGAAGAAUGUCCUCAGCACAUUAGAAUGGUUCUGGCAGAAGCGCGACAUUGUUGGGAUACGUCCUUCAAUGACAUCUCCAAAAUCGGCGAAUGCGAAUUCACGCUCAUCUCAGAAAUGAAUUCCCAACUGAUAAUCCACCAUCCCUACCGCUCCCUCGCAGACCUCCAAACCACUUUCCAGCUCACGCAGGAAGAAAACGCCCUCGCGUGGUCCAUCAUAAACGACCACUACCUAACCGAUUUGCCUCUCCUGCACGCUCCACACGUAAUCGCCACCACAGCCUUGUUCCUUGCUGUGGUCCUCAAACCAACACAAGGCGGUAUUCAGGCAAACGCAGCAGGCAUGACCGCCGCAUUACAAACAUUGGGCAACGCGCGGAAUGCUGGGGGUUCACAGAAUCGGGUGCAAAAGUUAGUGGAUUGGCUGGCAGAAAGUAGUGUGGAUGUUGAGGCUUUAGUGGAGUGUACGCAGGAGCUUAUCAGUUUGUACGAAGUAUGGGAGAAUUACACGGACAAGACUUGUAAGGAGCAGAUUGCGAAAUUUGUGAAAACGAGGGGGCUGGAGAAAUGAGAUAGGAGGGGUGUGAAAUCGGUGUUGGUGGUGUGAGAAUUUGUUGUUUGUACAAGUACUCAUGCUGGAUGUUCUCAAGGGAGGAGGUUAGAGACUGGGUGUAUGCAAUUACUUUUCUCGACCCGCCCCCCAGUCACAGAGCCAACCCCAGAUCGACCAUGCAUGAGUGCUUAUGUUGGUGGUCAGAACUCAAAGCAGUCAGCAGCCUCAUCGUGCUGUCUAUGGGUGCAAGCGAUC